UAGUGAGGCGUGGCUUUCACGGCGAGGAACUGGUACAUCUGUUGGGUUGCCGAUCCGAGUGAGGGGCUGAACUGGGAGAGGAACAUGGCGAGGCCCGCAGAUAAGUUACAAACCCCGGAGGAGAAAUCGCCGGGUCAGACCGUGCCGAGAUGGGGCCCACAGCACGCAGGUGCACGGGAACUCGCAAAUUUGUACUCGCCAGGUAAGCGGUGCCAGGAGUGGGUCAGUGUGCUCCUGUGUUUCUCCCUCAUGGCCUUCAACUUCGUCCAUCUCCUGACCAACUUCCACUUCAGCCACUUCUGGUCCAUCCUCCUGGGAAUCGUGGCAGGCAUUCUUACUGCAGACUUUGCCUCUGGAUUUGUACACUGGGGAGCAGAUACAUGGGGCUCAGUGGACCUGCCUAUUUUUGGAAAGGCCUUCAUCCGUCCGUUCAGAGAGCACCACAUUGACCCCACAGCCAUCACUCGCCACGACUUCAUCGAGACCAACGGGGACAACUGCAUGCUGACCCUCAUACCCUUAGCCAACAUGGCCUACUGCUUCCUCACACUCUCUCCUGCGGAGCAGUACCGUAACUACCCCUGGCACUGCUACGUGUUUGCGUUGGCCAUCUUUGUGACGCUGACCAAUCAGAUCCACAAGUGGUCGCACACGUACUUCGGGCUGCCGCUCUGGGUGCAGAAGCUUCAGGACUGGCACGUGAUCCUGCCCCGCAAACACCACCGCGUCCACCACGUAUCGCCCCACGAGACCUACUUCUGCAUCACCACAGGCUGGCUAAACUACCCACUGGAGAAGCUGGGUUUCUGGCGGAACCUUGAGGAGCUGAUCCAGGGGGUGACGGGGGAGAAGCCGCGAUCCGAUGACCUCAAGUGGGCCCACAAGACCCACUAACCAUACACACACACACACACACACACACACACACACACACAGCUUACAAGACCCACUAACCAUACACACACACACACACACACAGCUUACAAGACCCACUAACCAUACACACACACACACACACACACACACAGCUUACAAGACCCACUAACCAUACACACACACACACACACACACACACACACACACACACACAGCUUACAAGACCCACUAACCACACACACACACACACACACCACACACACAGCCCACAAGACCCACUAACCACAAACACCAUACACACACUAUACACACCACACACACACCCUAUACACACCACACACACACACACUAUACACACCACACACCACACACACACACACUAUACACACCACACACACAUACUAUACACACACACGAUACACAGCCCAUAAGACCCACUAACCCCUCAGAGACCAUACACAGUGCACACACACACACACACACACACACACACACACACACCAUACACCCCCCAUACACACAUAGCCAAUACACCCACCACACACACACACACACACACACACAUUCCAUACACCCACCACACACACACACAUACCCCAUACACCCACCACACACACACACACACACACACACACACAAACACACACGUCCCCGUCCAUACAGCAGCUGACUGGAGGCCCGGGUCCGUUGUGCGGUUCUGCUCCAGUGUCACCUGCUGUCUGUCUGCUGCAGCGCCUACCUCAGAGACCUCCACUGCAGCCGGCCCCCUCCUGCACACACACACACACACACACACACACCACCGCGGCUGGCCCUCUCCGCUCCGCGGGCAGGGGGGGGGGUCCUGAAGGACCACUCUGGAGGAUGCCCACCGCCGCAGUCACCCGGACCGGACCAGACCGGACUGGACCAAUCUGAUCCAGGCCUUUCUUCCUCGCCCUGAAGCGCGGACUCUUUGGGAGUGUGUGUGUGUGUGUGUGCUUUGCUUGAGCUGACUUUGCGAUUUAAAGCAAUACUCCCCCCGUAGUCUGAGACCUGUACUGACCAGCGGCUGCUCCCAGCUCACCCUUUACGCUACGCUCCUCAAGCCAUGGACACCUCCAGAGGCCGCCAAACAAACAAACAAACAAACAAAAGCACUUACUCUUUUUGGCAAAACGCCGGAUGUGUCUGAUAUCCGAACUGUGAAAAUACUUGAACCAGAAGGAGGAGGAGGACAUCCUCUCGUCUGCACCCAAGUGUUUUUCCUUUUUUUUAAGUUCUUUUCCGUUCCGUUUCCAUGGUGACAGAACAGGGCUGAACGCGAGGCCUGGGGACGUGUGCUCUUGUGUCGUCACGCUUCAGAGUCUCACAUGUGUGUCCCGCCGCCUCCAGCGCACCAGAUGGCGCUGUUUUGUUUUUGCUGCUGGUGUCCAGUGGGGCUCCAGCCACUUCAGUGUCUUCAUCCUGUGCUUGUGUCCUGAUGGGCAAAGCUGUCAGUUAUGCAGUUAUCUUUCAGGAGCCUUACCAGCCGGGGAGCACCUGACCCUGGAACCAGCCAGGCCCGGCUUAGGCCCGGUCUAGACCUGCUUUAGGCCCUGAUUUAGGUCUGUGUGUAGUCCAGAGUUGGUGGCUCUCCUGGCUCAGUGCAGUAGAACCGUUCUCGUAUGCUGGUCAGUGUGCCCUUCACUAAGCCUUUGCUUUUCUAGAACUUUCUAGAGCUCAGAACGCUACUUUUUUUUGUUUCAAACCAGGGCUCUGCCUUAUGCUGACAGGCAGAAAACACACACACACUCUCUUUCUCUGUCUGUCUCUCUCUCUCUCACACACACACACACACACACACACACACACACACACACACACACACACACACACACACACACACACACACACACACACACACACACACACACACACACAAUCACACGCACACACAUGCACACACACCAUUCCAGCUAUCAUGCCAAAUUCCACACCUCAAAACUUUUCUUCUCAUCACUGUAGUCCUUGGCAACAAUCAUCCCCGUGUUCAAAUGUCCUUGUUUGCGGUCAUUCCAAAAAAGUGCUUCUUUCUCGGUGCUGCAGUAAAGAUAAAAAUGCAAAUUGCGUGAAGUGACGAGGACCAGGGUUGCCAGGUUACCACAGCUUCCUCCCGGAAUAACAGCCAAUUUGUUAGUCUUAUCUGUUUGUUUUAAUCUCAAGCAUAUCGACUAGAGAUGUAUUACAAAUUGUCUCAACUUGUUUGAAACGAGUCCAACCCUACAGCCCUAUGCAGUCUGAUAUUUAGAUACCAUGUUAGGUCUUAAUUGGGAGUAUGUAAGAGCAUUGCAUGUCUGGCAGUGAGCUAUGUUUUUGUGUAUAAUCCUGCUUGCUUAAGGCUCUUGUGUAAGAGACGGAGGGACUUUACGGAGCGCAGUGGAGCAUUCUCUGUACAUGCCAUCAUCAGGCAGCUGCAGAGACGUACUGUGCUAGCAUCUAAGAUGGCCGACAGGCCUGUCUGUGACAAGCCAGACUCUGAUCUAAAGCCACAACAAAGUCAGGCCAUCGCACAUGGUUUCCAUGGGGACUUUCUUGUCACAUAUCUCCCACACACACACACACACACACACCGGUCCACACAUCCACAUGAUCCAAAGCCCCCCCCCACGCACACACACACACACAGACACACACUCGAGAAGUGUUCCCAGUGCUCCUUGCGCUCCUUACUGUCCUAUGUCAAGCUCGCCUGGCUUUGCUCUGCUGUCUGUUGUUUAGUAGAGGCAGAGCUAGCGCUCUCUAGCUGCAUGUGGAAAUGCCUGAGUAGGCUAUCUAAGUUAGCCAUCUUAAGAGUGACCUGUGGGGUUUGUAGUCUUUCGAGUGACCUGUGGGGUUUGUAGUCCUGGUGAGGUGGGGCCAGUGAGAGGAGUUGGUUCGUAGCUGGUUUACAGGAAGUGACAGAGUGGUUCUGUGUAGUUAAAGAUGUGGCAAAACCAAUGACUUUGGCAGGCAUCUGUCAUAUCCCUUCCAUAGUCACCCAGUGUGUGUGUGUGUGUGUGUGUGUGCGCGUGCGCGUUCCUGUCUGAAGUGCUUUAAAUGAAUGUCCGCUGCGGAGUAGCCUUACUGUACCUCAGCUUGGCCCUGCUGCCCAGCCCUGCCGCUGGGCCGGCCUCUUGCUCAGGUGAGACCCAACAGGUGUGCUCACUACAGAUCCGGCAAAAACAACGACACACACUAAAUUGUAACAUUGUAAUACUUAUGAAGCCGAGGCCCCCAAACGUAUCAGGUGUUGUUACAAAUAUCCUGUCAAUAUGAAAAACAGAGGGAGAGUGCACACUCAGAUGCUGCUCAGAUGGCACAAAGGAGUAAGAAGAGACAACGUGAGGAAGGCCACAGGCUGAAACCUUAGCGGUCGAAACCUUGUCUCUUUUUAAACGGUUGUGGCAGCUGAGCAGGCGGAGUGUCUGCGGUCCCCGUGUGUGUGUGUGUGUGUGUGUGUGUGUGUGUGUUUGUGUGUGUGUGUGAGUGAGUGAGUUGCGGUCCCUCAGUUUUUCAUAUCACCUAUUGCAUGACCAGCACUCCGCAACGUUCCCAGAUUCACUGUCACUUCCCCUUUUCAACACAACAACAUCCUGUUCAAUCAUGUCAUGUUGAGAUCAUUUCCUAUUUGAAAAGGUCAAAGGUCAGUAGAAACAAUGGCGAAGAGUGAAGAGGUUGGGACUUAUGUGUCUGAUUUAUAGAACAGGCAGUGAUGAGGAGUCGAUGCUACUUUUAUGGUAUGGUUUUCAAUAAUGAAAAGUCAAUCCAUUCUUUUCUGUAUAAAGAUAUAUGAUAAAGGGUCAUUUCAUCUUAUCUGUGCAAACAUCUAUAAUGAGGGGGUAAAUUCGAGCCACCACUAUGGUGUGUGCCAAUGAUGUCAUUAGGGUGAAGUGUAUGUCCUAGUGCUUUGGGGUUUAAGGUGUUUUAGGAGUUUUAGCCAGGUGAUUUCUAUGGUGGGAGGGAGUUUUAGCCAGGUGAUUUCUAUGGUGGGAGGGAGUGGGAGUCAGUCUGGUGGUUUCUAUGGUGAUGAGUGUGCUGGAGGACCUGUAUGUAAGGGGCGCGUAGGUGUUCCUAGUCGUGUGAAGCAGUAGAACUGGUGCUCUUGUGUUAAUGGAUCAUGCCAAACAUAGUGUCUUUACGUGACAGCCAUUUUUGUUUUUUUAAAUAUCAGCAUAGAUUCAUGUGCCGCUCACGCUCAGUGCAAUUCUCUCUAGGGUAUGUCAAGAUGGCUCUCUGCAGUGUAGGGGAGAAGGUAGCCUUGAGCCUAACCGUGUCGCCUGUAAGUGUGUGUUAGUUCCUGGACAGUGGUGGGCUUUUCUUAACGUUGUGUUGGGUGACUGGAAUACUCUGCCUAUAUUAGUCUGCCGUUGGGCUGCUGUUUUUGAGGUAUUUUACUGCGUGUCUUGCUAUUUUUUGUCGAUUGUCUGUCUGUAAGGACGGGGGCGGUCGGGUGGGGAGAUUUGGGUGGAGCUGGCUCUAGCCUACCCAUGAUGCCGUCUGAUUCUCUGGACCGAUGCGUGCCCUGACCCGACAGGGUUCUGGUCCAGAAAUGACCGACGUUCUACAACAAUCUCCUCACUCUCUGAAACCAUAGGCCAAAGGGGACUGUAAGCAGCAUCUUUUGCUAAUAAGCUAAUUAGCUUCAUCCCCCAUAUUCAUGAAGAGUUGUUUAUUACUACUCUGCAGAUUGAUAUUCUAAUGAAAUAAGAAGUUAUUUUAAUGUUAUCGCAGAUAAGGAUAAUAAUGCCUAACUGUUUCUGCAGCAACAGCCUUGUGGUAGAUAAUGGUGAAGAGAUGCAUUGUUGCCAGAGGCUGUGAUUUUCCCCAUAUUUCGGAAAGGGGGUUUGCUGAAGAAGAAAAAAAAACAUGCUUUUUAAACUAUGUUAUACUGAAAUAUCAAAAACCAUGCCUUGAUGCCUUUCUGUUGUCUCCCAUUUGGGAGUACUGUUGUACAUAUUAUAUUUAUAAAUAAACUUAAUAAAUAACUAUGACUACUUUUGUUGCUUUUUGAGUGUCAUUGAUUUGAGAUCUGUUGAAAUGUAUUAAAGAUGAGUUAAAUGUAUGCUAAAUGUUAUUCCGCAGGCUGAGAGAGACACACG